GUGUUCCAUGCUGAAGUAUAAUAAUGUGAGUCUUUCUCUUCAUCUGAGUCUUUUCUUGUCCAUGUUGUCCAGUACUUGAUUAUUUUCGAGUUCUGUCUGCGAAUUGCAUCAUGGACGCUCAAGCCCUACUCAAAAUCAUCGAAGCCGAUGAAGCAUCUCACAUCUCCUUUCUUCAAUCUUUCACUCAAGCACCUUCUCCAAAUCCGCCUGGAGACACGCGAGAGGCUGCAGAUGUCAUCAUCAAUUAUCUAAAAUCUCGUGCCAUCUCCCCAGAGAUCAUUGCUCCUCAAGAAUCCAUGCCAAAUGUCUGCAGCGACACACCAUGUGGCAGUACCGAGGGACCUCGUCUCAUCAUGAAUGGACACAUUGACGUCUUCCCCGCCGGAGAUGGAGCAGAUUGGGACAGAAGUCCUUGGUCCGGAGAAGUCGUCGAUGGUCGUCUUCAUGGGAGAGGAACUGUUGAUAUGAAAGCCGGGACAGCAGCUUCCGUUAUCGCGUAUUCUUAUAUUCACAAGUAUCGAGAGCAUCUCAAAGGCAGCGUGGCUCUCUGUGCCGUUUCGGACGAAGAGACUGGCGGCAAGUGGGGGACGAAGUACCUUCUCGAAGACCCAAGGUGGAGGGGUGAUUGUGUGAUUGAUGGUGAGCCAGGUGGACUUGGGACAAUCAGGUUUGCGGAGAAAGGCACAUUGAGAUUGACGUUUACCGUCAAGACCGAAGGUGCGCAUGGAGCGCAUACUCACCGGUCGAAAAGUGCCACGAGGAUUGCGGCUGCGCUGAUCAAUGAGCUUGCUAUUAUCGAGCAAAUUGUCCCAGAUCUUGAACCGACAUUGAAGGAGUACAUGAAACGAAAGGAUGUGAGAGAUGCAAUCGAUGCCUCGAUGGGGGCUGGAGCGGCAGACAUUACACUGGUCCCGACUUUGAACAUCGGCACUAUUCAUGGAGGAUUGAAAGUCAACGUAAUUCCAGGCGAUUGCAUCUUCGAGGCAGACAUUCGCAUGCCCAUGGGAUUGAAAGCCGAUCAGGUUAUGGAAGUUAUAGACGGACUUCUGGAAAGAUUCCCAGAGACGACGGUCGAGAUCCAGAAAGCUGCAAGCAAUCCCGCAGCAUUUUGUGCUCACGAUCAUCCGAUGGUAGACAUUCUGGCUCGCAAUGCGGCAAAGUUCACUGGAAAGAAACCUGUGACAAUUCCUUCUCUCGGUGCGACUGAUUGCAAGUUCUACCGGUACAAAGAUAUCCCCGCGUACGUGUAUGGGCUUUCCCCUGAGACGAUGGCUGCGAGGAAUGAAUCUGUUUCGGUGGAUGAGUUUCUUACUGUGGUAAAGACACAUACGUUGGCGGCAUGGGAAUAUCUAGGGGGUUCAUAAACAAGACGAAUCAAUACUUUUGGACAGAACAUGAUGUAACAGACCGAAACUCCUAAACACUCUAUCGCAGCAUGCUUGAAGCAGAACUUUUGAAUCU